CUAAGGCAUUGCUGCAGUCAGUUCGCAGGGUGAACCAUCGUCUGUUCUGUAUGACCGAGAGAAAUGAGCACGGGGAUGUUCACGGGGUGGUGGUAUUCCCCAAGGACUUAUACCUUUUUAAGACGGAUGUCCUCAGAUGAAGAAGAACCAAACAGCCCUGUUCUGCAUAAACACUCGGACCAAGGUAGCUCUGCUUCCUCUGACCUUCAGGAUGAGUAUGAGGAGCUACUCCGUUACGCUGUUAUCACCCCUAAGGCUGAGACAGUCUCCAGUGUUCGAUCGAAGCAACUGAGCACCUCACGUUUGUCUGCAGAGGGUCGUCAUUCCCAGGGUAAGGAUCACGGCAAGUCACAGCACCUAAGAUCAGAUCCUGCUGCUGAAGAUGGGAGGCAUUCUAGCAGAAGUGUGAGAUCACCACCCACCUCCCCCCCUUUAAUAGUUGAGCCAUCCACACACUCACACUCAAGAGCCUAUCGUGCUGAAAAGAUGGCAAGUCAGUCAUCUAGCAGGAUGUCACUGCUCUCACACACUGCCCCGGAAAGGUUACAGGUGACGUCUGAGAGGUCUAGGCCAAACACCCCAGAUCCCCUUGAGUUUGCUAUGACAGAGAUGUUUAUUUCAGAGAAGAACAUAAACAAGAUGGAGAACAUUCUGGACACGUGGAGCAAUAACCUGAAGUCGAAUGUUCUGACCGAGCUACGGAAGUGGAAGUUUGCCUUCAUGGAGCAGCACAAGCUGGAGAUGAUGAAAGAGAGGGAGAGGCAUGCAGCCCAGACAGCUGGCCUGAAGUCUGAACUAGGGAGCCUGAAAGAGCUCCUACACACCUAUGAGAUUUCCAACCAGAGAAAAGAUGAGGUGAUCACAAACCUUAGUCAUGUGUUGGACAAACAAAAAGAAAAGCUUGAAACGAUGAGGGCCUUUACACAAUGGAGGCUCCAGCUCACUGAGGCCAAAGAAGAGGUACACUGA